UGGGGCCCUUGAGAGGGUGAGAAGGGAGUUCCCUGCGCCGCCGGCGGGCGGGCUCCGCACGUGGGAGAUUGGAAGGCGGAGCCGGCGGCUGCCGGGAGGCCCGGGGCCCCGCCGCAGGACGGAAGGGAGGAGCAUCCGGACCCGACACCCUUCCUAGGACCUCGGGGCCCACGCGGAAGUUAGCACUUACCCSGMAGAAGAGAAUGAGCAGCGUUGAGGAGUUGCUGACACUGGAGGAUGUGGCUGUGGCAUUCACUYGGGAGGAGUGGCAGCUCCUGGGCCCUGGGCAGAAGGACCUGUACCGGGACGUGAUGUUGGAGAACUACAGCCAUCUGGUGUCAGUGGGGUAUCCAGUCAGCAAGCCAGAUGCUCUUUCCAAGUUGGAACAAGGGGAAGAACCUUGGACAGAAGAUGAAAUGCACACUUGGAUCUGUCCAGUGUCUCUACCUGUUCUUUGGAAUUCCACCUUCCAGACCACGUUCCAUAUAGAGAUCUGUGAAAUCAUCAUCUGUCUUCUGAUUUCUGCUUUCCUGUUCCAUUGGGAAUGACCAGUUCCUCUUCUGAACAUCCAGACCCACCAUGUAUAUCGUGAACUCACUAUAACUUGAGCUUAUUGUGAAUUUAGAUGAUUCCUUAGCUGCUUUCCCCCCAUUCUGAGGGUUCUUCAAUAGUUUUUCUGUUUUAUGUGCUGUUUUUCUAAUCUUUAAAUUUGGUCUUUGUACCAUGAUUGAGCUUUCUUUGUUCUCUAAAUGAGACUCUCAAUUGAUAUCUUGCUUAAUAUUGCCUAAUAUGUACUUUAGUCCUACCUGUUUUACUUUCCUCUAUGGCAGCUGGCCUGUGGYUUUCCAGUUUCUGAGGAAAGGAAUCAUCUUC